AUGGCAACAAAGAAAACCAGAUUCGACGAACGAAGCUGGACUGCACCGCAGCGCUGGCCACUCUUUCACGCAGAAGUCUUUGAUCUGAAGCUCGAGAAGGACCCUUCUUAUAUGCAUCUCAGUAGCCAACCCUCUCCUUCAUCUUCCAUCACGACUACCUCUCCCCCAUCCUUUGACUUGUGCUUACCUGACGUGAAUCUUCACCGCCGAUUCGACGUCUGGAAUCACCUCCAACUCAACUCUCACAUCCACCACAUCCCGCAUAUCCCCCAGUCACAACUGUACAACCAUGCAUACUUGAAACUGCCCACCCAAAGCGGCCCCGAUAACUUGGUACUACCUCGCCGGGCGUAUGCUGAUUCCGGAUAUGACAGCCGCACUAGCUGCGCCGAUACGCAGUCCGUGUUCAGCUCGUCAUUCGAAUCAGCCCCAAGUCCGAGCGUUGCGUCCUCGUAUAAUCGAUGGGGCGAUGCUCCUUCUUCUAACCCUCAUCAGCUGAAUCCUGGAUAUACGGCAUCGCAGCAGGCUGUAGAAUCAGUAGUAUGUAAAUAUUGUGGAUGGCUAGGGAAUACCCCUUCCGAGCGAAGCAGAAAACAUGAAGCCCGCCACGAAAAAACCUACCAAUGCGAAGCGCUGACCUGUGCAGUGCGCUUCGGCACUAAAAAUGAUCUCGAAAGACACCGGAAAGCUGUGCAUCGUAAAACCCCUCUAUGUGGUCCGUCAGAGGUCUUCAGGUGUUUCGGUACAGACUGUAAUUGUCCGCGGUGGAAGGAGUGGCCCAGAUUCGAUAAUUUCAAGGCCCAUCUUAAACGGAUGCAUAAAGAUGAGGAUGAGAAUGAGUUAAUACGAUUGGCAAGGGAAUGGUAUGAGACGCGUAAGGAGGGGGAUGUGGCAGAGUCGUCAUCCUUCCCACCACCAGCAAUUUCAGAGGGAUGCAUUGACGGGUCUAGAUCCUUAGACAUUAUCAGUGAUUUGCAAACUUCAAAAAAUCCCUCAAAGGACCUGGAAAUUUGCCCUGUUCUUCCAGAAGAGCUAGGUUUUGCAUCAAUCCAAAGACCAGGAUCCGACGAAGCACUUCCUGGACAUAUUGAACAGUCCCAGACAACUGCAAAAUUUUCAAACGGCACUGGAACGGAGCAUUCCUAUAAUUCCCUAUCAGAUGUAAAAUUACCAGGUGUGCAGACUGUGCUCAACUCAGCGGGCAAUGAGGAAGACUCUAUUUUAACCUCAACUCCGCCAUGUGAGGAACAGAAAGGAGUGUUACCAAGCAUGAGAACAUUCGAGCGUGGAGUAGCACUUAUGAAGGAGUUAUAUUUACACGAGGUCGCAAAUAAUCCAGAAGCACAGCAAAGCAGGGUAUCAUACAUCAACAAUCUUUCCAAGCAUGAGAGAACCGUUCUGUUUGAUGCUGCUGUGUCAAAUAUUAUGAAAUGGCAAUUGUCUCAACAUGGAUCAGAUGUAGUCCGCGCUACUGGGGAAGUAGAUUCGGUUGGUCAAUCUAUAUCUUCAGUGAAGAAAGAUAAGGAGUACAGUUGCCAGGAGUGCGAGAAGAGUUUUCAGAGGAAAUGCGAGCUUAAAAAACACAGGGCCAGACAUCAAAAACCAUUUGGAUGCACAUUCUCAGACUGUUACAAGAGUUUCGGCAGCAAAGCUGACUGGAAACGUCACGAGAACUCCCAGCAUUUCCACCGCCAAAGUUUCCGGUGCUCAUUACCUCGGGGUACACAUCAGGAGUGUGCCAAACUCUAUCUUCGGGAAGACGACUACAAAGACCAUCUCACAAACGAUCACGGCGUCGUAGACGCUCAAGACGUCAGCCAUCAGGUUUCCAAAAACCGAAUUGGGCGGAAUGGUCAGUCCCAAUAUUGGUGUGGGUUCUGUCGCAAAAUCAAGAUUCUGCAUAAAAAGGGCCUGGAUGCAUGGAACGAGAGAUUCGAUCAUAUCCACAAGGAACACUUUAAUAACAAUCAGAGAAUCGAAUAUUGGCUUCCAGCAGGCGGUCAUAAAGUGAAGGGUAUUCUCAAGAAAGAGUAUGAAGAGAAGAAAAGACUCGAGAAGAGGAAAAAUAAUCAUCCCGCUGGAUACAACAAUCAUGAUGAACUCGGUAGUGAAGAUAGCCAGUCUGUGAAUGACUACUCCUCGUCUGCUGAAGAUGCAGAGUCGCGUUCUAUUCCACCUCGACACUCUUCUGUUGAGAUAAGUGAUAGUGACACGGACUAUACAUCGGAUAAGGACGUAUAUCCUAUCACUAGGGAUGAGUUUCAGCUCAUUCAGCAGCCAAAGAAAAGAAAAGCUGAAGUCCGUGUAUCCGAGAGCCCUGAGCAGGAAAAGAGGAGCCGUACGGCAGCACAGCCAAAUCAAGACGAUAAAAUCUUUUGUUGUAAAUGCAAGGAUGGCCCUGUGCUUCGCUGGCACGGUAUUUGUCCGUUGUGGGAUUGUGCCCAUGAAUUCUGUCCUAUGUGCAAGGUUGAGCGCGUAGAGUGCUAGCUUGAUCGUGAAGCAUCUAAGCCAUGAUAGUCCUCACUUGGCAUAUAAUAUCUAACUAGAACUCUU